AGCUCUUGCCUUUCGUCGGCCCCAUUUCAUUAUUGCAGCUUCUUGACAUAUGUAUUUCGUAGACGGCCGGGGAGGGGUGGCGUCACGAUCUCAAGGGCAGAGGCAUCUUGCCAGCCAGAGUGAGGCGCCAGGAGGGUAUAUCACCCAAUGCACCGAGCCCUGGCAACGCCUGGCCGAUCGCAUUCUGUUUUCUCAGUUUCCAAUCAGCAUAUCGUCGCAUCAAUAAGUCGAAAAGAACAAAGAAACACCAUGGGUGCACAAUACAAGGUUGGCCAGAGUGUGCGGUACAAGCCGGUGGGUGGCCCGGAGUCGCACACCUCGGAGUCGGUAGGCACCAUCAAAGGCGUGCUCACUUCCCCGGGCAUGCAAGCCGGCCGCAAUGUGGACGCGAGCGAAGAUCGCCCCCGGUACGAGAUUGAGAAUGCCAAUACUGGAAAGCUGACCUCGGUCUACGAAGAGAAUAUCUUGGAGAUGGCUUGAGGCUUCCUCGAACCGGGUGGUGGCCAAGGUCGGCGACAGGCACCUUUUUUCGUGCGAAAUUGAUUGCGUCCUGGCUCGGGGGGUUGCGUCCAUUAUUGGAACAAGAAUGUUGAAGUGCGAAAUCACGAGCAGGCGGGGGACAAACAAAGGAGAAAAGAAAAAAAGCGCCGAGGCAAUUACGAGUUACCGAGGAGGAUGAAGGUUAAUCACAUCCAACCCCGAGCAUCCUGUAUGCGGACGUGCAUCCAACAGUACACAACAGUACAUAGCAACCAUUCAUGGUGUCUGUCAUCCAUCAAUCAUUCUCGUUCGAUGCAGCAGUUUGCCC